UAAAAAUAUUAAAAAAUAAAAAAUAAAAAAUCCUGCAAUUCACGGAAUUGAAAAUUUCUUUUUUCUCCAAUUCUUUUUUUUUUUUUUUGUGCUCGGGAUUUUUGUGAAAUUAAUUUAUUGAAGAAGACAGAGAAAUGGCGAGCGAAGAGAAUAAGCAAGACGACGUCGUUUCCAUCGAGCUUCCUGCUCCAGUCGGCUGGACUAAGAAGUUUACUCCAAAGAAAGGGGGUACCCCUCAGAGGAAUGACGUUGUUUUCGUGUCUCCCACUGGAGAAGAGAUCAAGAACAAGAAACAGUUGGAUCAGUAUCUCAAAUCUCAUCCUGGAGAACCAUCUGCCUCUGAAUUCGACUGGGGUUCAGGCGACACUCCAAGGCGUUCUGCAAGGUUAAGUGAAAAAUCAAAGGCAGUUGAGGCACCUGCAAGUCAGUCCCCACAGAAGAAGAGAAAGAAAUCCGCCACAAAGGGAGGAGCUCCGUCGAAGAGUACCGCUCAUGCAGAAGACGAAGCCAUGGCCGAGAAAGAUGCUGCUGCAGAAGAAGAAACUAAAGAAAGUGAUUCUCGUGCAGAAAAUGAAGACACAAAUGAGAAAGAUGUUGUUAAAGAAGAAACUAAAGAAAGUGAUUCUCAUGCGGAAAAUGAAGAUACAAAUAUGAAAGAUGUUGCUAAAGAAAGUGAUUCUCGUGCAGAAAAUGAAGACACGAAUGAGAAAGAUGUUGCUAAAGAAGAAACUAAAGAAAGUCCAGAAGCUUCUGCUGUGGAUACAAAAGAUGCCCUCCCAGAAGAAAAACCCGAUACUGAAAGUGCAGACAAGAAAAUCGAGACUGAUGAGACAGCAGUUUUCGAGGAACCUUCAACUAUUGUGACCCCAAAUGAUGACAACAACGAAACUUCAAAUGCUAAAGUUGAGGAAUCUAAUGAUGCAACUACUGUUGUAGCAGAUUCAAAAACCGAAGAGCUGAAGGAGGAGAUCUCCGAGGUACCAUGUUCAAAUGUUGAAGAAUCUAAGGAGGCAUCUUCCGAGGUACAAGGUACAAGUGUUGUAGAUGAGGAGAAUUCGAAGGAGAAGCAAAAAGACGAAAAACCCGAUGACAAAAAGGAUCUUGAGGUGCAAGAACCAACGACAGGCAGCUAAAACGGGCAUUUUUUUUUGUAUCUGGUUCGGGUUUUUAUUGAAUAGGUGAAUAUUGUAAUAUGAUAGAGAGAUGUAUCCUUGUUGAGCUAGGGUUUCUAACCAAAGCAAAUUGUUACGGCUGCUCUAGAAAUAACUGCUAGGAAUUCUUGUAGCUAAAAAUUGAUGUUAAUGUUGGGACCUUCUUCAUGUUUGCAAUUUGCAUUAGUAAACUAUAUAUGGUUUUCUA